AUGGCUGAGAAAGCCGCCUUGCACAAGGUCGACCGACAGACAGGUUCAACGAAACCCCAAGCCCAAAUGCUUUGUCAGCUAGCUCGCUAUACGGCGUUUCGACAAACGACUGUCCCAAAGAGCUUGCAGAUGUCCGUCCGCGUCGAGUUUGUGCCUAUUCAUCAUCGCCUCUUGCAAUCGGGGACUAGGCGUCUCCCAGAAAGACCCCAGGCGUUGAGUAUCACAAACGAACGGGCUCUUUUGUUUAAACAUGUGCCUGUAUGGGCAUUGCCUAUCCUGCGCGGUCACGCAGGCACGCAGAUUACCCCCAGGCCGCUGUACCAAAGUUGCGGGCCAGGACGGCGGGCCGCGGCGGAUGGGCCCAUGCAUCGACGCACGAGCUCCGGCUGGUCGGCGUCGCGAACGGUCGAGAUGACUAUGAUAGGCUACUUAUGGUAGAAGUGACAUAGAGACGAUGGUGGAUACGCGCAUAUACGGGCCAUCUUGGAUGGAGCGAGUUGUCUGUUCUCUUGCCGACGCCAGGCCGUUUAAUCUAGAGAUAGAAGCAUGGCGCGGAACGGGAGUGUGGCUGAGACAAAACUGCUGUUGAAUGCCUUGUCUUGAUGGACCGAGAGCAGAGCUCAUCGGUCCGAGACAAUCAGUCGGUGGGAGAAAGGGACGAAAG